CCCAAGCAGUACCGUAAGACACCAAAAUCAACAAGGGAUCAUACCACGCUGUCCUUGUCAAGUACCCUGUUCUGUGACAAUGCUCUGAGUCCCCUUCCUGUUGCAACAUGUACAUCACAGACCACAGCCCAACUACUGGGGUGGUGACAAUCGUAGUGAUCCUCAUUGCUGUUGCUGCCCUCGGUGUUCUCAUCUGUGGAUGUUGGUGCUACCUUCUCCUGCAGCGGAUUGGCCAGUCUGAAGAUGAGGAGAGUAUUGUAGGAGAGGGCGAGACCAAGGAGCCCUUCCUGAUGGUACAGUACUCCACCAGGGGCCCUCACGUCGAGCACAAAACCAAGCUCGCCCACAACGGCACUGAGAAUCACACUUAACUGAGUCAUUAAGAAACCGAAACCGUGUCAUCACCUGAUAUUAACCAAGAGGAUCACCUCAUUCACAUUUCCUGCUGAUCAUCAUCUUUCAUCAUGCCAUUGAAGGAUGAUAAACGGACUGCAGCUCAAUGUCAAUCAAUGUCUUAUGAGUAAAUUUGAUAUUUUUGUUUCUCAUUCCACUGUGGAUCUCAGUCAGGAUGUGAGGUUGUGAACAGUUCGUUAUGUUUCUUAAGUAUACAUAUUUUGAACACAAAAAUGUACAUCUGAUUGGUGUUGAUAGUUUUUGUUAACUCAGCAAUCCACUACUGAAUUGUGACGGUAGACACUAGACAGCGCUCUGAACAAAUGAGUGGGCAAAACCUGCUUGUUGGAAGAAUGUAUGACAAAUUGAUAACAAAACAAUUUACUUAAUAUCAAGUUGCUCAAAUGAUUUGAAAUUAGCUUAAUUUGUUUGCCUAUUUUGCAUAGUUGAACUUGGUUUUGUUUACCUUCAGUAUUCAAAUGUGAGUUAAUAGCCAUUUUAAUAAUUUGCUAAAUGCCAAAUUUGCCCAAAGAUACAAAGUGUGAUUCACUCCCUAGUUUAUGUUUGUUGUUGCUGCUACUUACUAAGUAAUCUUGUGUACAAAAUACUGUUUAUUUCCUCCUGUGGUUGCAUAAGCAACCACUCAACUAAAACCAGUCAUUGAAAGGGCAAUUCUCCUUUGAUAAACCAUCACAUUUCACAAGCACAACAGGGUCCAGGGUCUGAGUUUUAGUGAGGUCCGCACUCUAAAAUACUAUUUGGAGAACAGCAAAAAUUUGGCCAUGAUUACUACACAUUUAGAUAGCUGGCUAGACUAAUUGAACAAUCUAAAAAAAUAUAUAU